UUGUUAUAAUCUCUCAUUAUGAUGACUGUAAUGUCGGAAAGUGAUGACGAUCUACUCGCUGAUGAAGAUUCUACUUUGAUAAAGGGAGACAAAUCAGGAGGGAAACAUGGAGAUGGGAAGAUAAGUGGAAAAGCAUGGGGGCAUGUCAAGAACAUAAUGACCCGCUCCCAGAAAUACCCCAACAGUGUGUUCUUCAUCUUGGGAAAUGAAUUUUGUGAGAGGUUUUCUUACUAUGGCAUGAGAGCUGUCCUGAUCCUGUACCUGACUAAAUGGCUGGGAUUCAGUGAAGAUGUGGGGACCUCCAUAUUUCACUCCUUUGUCAUGCUGUGUUACUUCAGUCCACUUUUUGGUGCCAUAUUGGCUGACGGAUACAUUGGAAGAUACAAAACUAUACUGAUUGUGUCUCUGGUUUAUGCCACUGGUAACUUAGUCAUGGCCUUCACUGCUCUACCUCCCCCGGAAUGGUAUGGUCCAGCCAUUGGCUUGAUUCUCAUUGGUCUUGGUACUGGUGGAAUUAAACCAAAUGUGUCAUCAUUUGGUGCUGAUCAGUUCAGGGCAGACCAGGAAAAAGAGAGAUACACAUUUUUUUCUGCUUUCUACUUUUCAAUAAACCUGGGAAGUAUGCUGUCUAUUGUUCUGACUCCAAUAUUGAGAGCUGAUGUUAAGUGUUAUGGCAAUGAAUGUUAUCCUUUAGCCUUUGGAAUUCCAGCAGCAUUAAUGAUUUUAGCCACAAUCAUUUUUAUUGCUGGAAGCAGCCUAUACAAGAAAGUGCCGCCAUCAGGAAAUCUGAUAGGACGAGUGUUUAAGUGUAUAUGGUAUGGAUUGUGUGGGAAAAUAAGAAAUUGUGGUGGCCCUAAUAAAAAGGAACACUGGCUGUACUAUGCAGAAAGCAAGUUUGAGCCAGAGUUUAUCAGAGAAGUACAGAUUUUACUGAAGGUGCUUUUUAUGUUCAUUCCUGCUCCACUUUUCUGGGCACUCUCUGAUCAACAGGGAUCUCGCUGGACGCUUCAAGCUGAAAAACUCAAUGGAGACCUGGUGGGAGGGGCACUUAGCUAUGGAAUAGCUCCCUACCAGAAGAGUGAAUACAAGGUGAUAACUGCUGGUAAAUAUAAAGUUGAUGUGAAAUCGUGUCUUCCUUCUGUUUCUCGUGAAAUGUCAUUGGUACCUCUAAAUGCCACCAGGAUAUUUGUUUGGUCUAAAGACAGCAAUACAACUGAUCUCAAGAUAGUGGAAGACUUACAUUCGCAUCCAUCAGAAGGGAAUUCAAGGCUAAGUGUAUUCAGUGAUGCUUUGCCUGGUGCUCAGAUAGUUGUUGUCCACUCCAGCCAUCAAGGAAAUAUUUCCAAUCAGUCGGGGGUUUUCUAUCCUUCCUCGGAGCGGGAGAGACUCCCAUUCCAUACAAUUGCACCUGGAAAGUACAAUAUAUACUGGCAGGACUCAGACAAAGGGAAUUGGACCAAGCUUAACACUUCCAUCACCAUAGGACAAGGGGCUGUGUAUAAUUUAUUAAUAGCCAGAAAUGGAACAAAGGUUGUGACCCGUCUCUUGACCAGUGUAGAGGUUAACAGUGUCUCUAUCCUGUGGAUGGUACCUCAGUAUUUUGUGGUGACUGUUGGAGAGGUCCUCUUUUCCAUCACAGGCCUCGCUUUUGCAUACUCUCAGGCCCCUAUCACGAUGAAGUCAGUGGUUCAGGCAGCCUGGUUGAUGACUACAGCUGUAGGAAGUUUGGUUGUUGUUAUUGUAGCUCAAGUUCAAUACUUUACAUCACAGGUGGCUGAGUUUAUGUUCUUUGCGGCUCUGAUGGCAUUGGCUACCAUUAUGUUUAUGGUCAUGUCCUGUUUUUAUACUUACUAUAAUACAAGUGGUCAGGGGAAUGGUCUGGAGGAUAAAGAAGAUUUAAUCAUCAAGGAAGAUAAUGAAGACAUUCCACUGAAAGAUUCUAAUCAUCCUAAAAAUAAGUGAGCAUUCAGAUUCUACACAAGGAAUUUUUGAUCGACUCAAUGGUUCUUUGAUGAUUAUUACUAAACAGUAAAAACAACUGUGUUUGUGUAUGUUAGUCCUCAAUUUAUCUUACUGGAAUAUAUUUAAUAU